CGGCGCGGCGCGAGCAGGAGGAGAGGGGAGCGCGGCCUGCCGAGCCGGUCGCCGCUGCCGCCGCCCCCGGACCGCUGCCGACCUGGCCUGGAAGCCCGCCCCGCCGCGGCGCCCGGCAGUGCAGCGCUCCGCGGGCGGCAGGCGCGGCCCCCGGGCCACCGCACGGCGCCCGGUCGCGGGCCUCCCGGGGCUCGAGCCCGGCGGCGGCCGCCGCGAUGGCCCUCAAGAUGGUCAAGGGCAGCAUCGACCGCAUGUUCGACAAGAACCUGCAAGACCUGGUGCGCGGCAUCCGCAACCACAAGGAGGACGAGGCAAAAUACAUCUCUCAGUGCAUUGAUGAGAUCAAGCAGGAGCUGAAGCAGGACAACAUCGCGGUGAAAGCCAACGCCGUCUGCAAGCUGACCUACUUACAGAUGUUGGGAUACGACAUCAGCUGGGCCGCCUUCAACAUCAUAGAAGUGAUGAGCGCCUCCAAGUUCACAUUCAAGCGCAUCGGCUACCUCGCUGCUUCUCAGUGCUUUCACGAAGGGACCGACGUCAUCAUGCUGACAACCAACCAGAUCCGCAAGGACCUGAGCAGCCCCAGCCAGUACGACACUGGCGUUGCACUGACUGGCUUGUCCUGUUUUGUUACCCCAGACCUUGCCAGAGACUUGGCCAACGACAUCAUGACACUGAUGUCGCACACCAAGCCAUACAUCCGGAAGAAGGCUGUGCUGAUCAUGUACAAGGUGUUCCUGAAGUACCCCGAGUCGCUGCGCCCUGCCUUCCCCCGCCUGAAGGAGAAGCUGGAGGACCCCGAUCCUGGAGUCCAGUCCGCAGCAGUCAACGUCAUCUGCGAGCUAGCCAGGCGCAACCCCAAAAACUACCUUUCGCUCGCUCCGCUGUUCUUCAAGCUGAUGACCUCCUCGACCAACAACUGGGUCCUCAUUAAAAUCAUCAAACUGUUUGGUGCUCUGACUCCCUUGGAGCCAAGGUUGGGCAAGAAGCUGAUUGAGCCUCUCACCAACCUGAUCCACAGCACGUCUGCUAUGUCCCUGCUCUACGAAUGUGUGAACACUGUCAUCGCAGUUCUCAUCUCCCUGUCCUCCGGCAUGCCUAACCACAGUGCCAGCAUCCAGCUCUGUGUUCAGAAGCUGAGAAUAUUAAUAGAAGACUCCGAUCAGAACCUGAAGUACCUGGGGCUGUUGGCCAUGUCUAAGAUCCUGAGAACACACCCCAAGUCCGUGCAGGCCCACAAGGACCUUGUCCUGCAGUGUCUGGACGACAAGGAUGAGUCCAUCCGACUGCGGGCCCUCGACCUCCUGUACGGCAUGGUGUCCAAGAAGAACCUGAUGGAGAUUGUUAAGAAGCUGAUGACCCACGUGGACAAGGCCGAGGGCACGACCUACCGCGACGAGUUGCUCACAAAGAUCAUCGACAUCUGCAGCCAGUCCAACUACCAGCACAUCACCAACUUCGAGUGGUACAUCAGCAUCCUGGUGGAGCUGACCCGGCUGGAGGGCACCCGCCACGGCCACCUCAUCGCUGCGCAGAUGCUGGACGUGGCCAUCCGUGUCAAGGCCAUCCGCAAGUUCGCCGUGUCGCAGAUGUCCGCGCUGCUCGACAGCGCCCACCUGGUGGCCAGCAGCACCCAGCGCAACGGGAUCUGCGAGGUGCUCUACGCGGCCGCCUGGAUCUGCGGGGAGUUCUCCGAGCACCUGCAGGAGCCCCAUCAGACCCUCGAGGCCAUGCUGCGGCCGAAGGUCACCACCCUGCCCGGCCACAUCCAGGCUGUCUACGUGCAGAAUGUCGUCAAGCUGUACGCGUGCGUCCUGCGGCAGGAGGAGCAGGCUGCGGGGACGGCAGCGGCCCGGGAGGCCACCCAGCUCAUGCUGGAGCGGCUGCCGCAGUUUGUGCAGAGCGCGGACCUGGAGGUCCAGGAGCGGGCGUCCUGCAUCUUGCAGCUGGUCAAGCACAUCCAGAAGCUUCAGGCCAAGGAUGUGCCGGUGGCGGAAGAAGUGAGCGCCCUCUUUGCCGGGGAGCUGAACCCUGUGGCUCCCAAGGCGCAGAAGAAGGUUCCGGUUCCAGAAGGCCUGGACCUAGAUGCCUGGAUCAACGAGCCGCUCUCGGACAGCGAGUCUGAGGAUGAGAAGCCCAAGGCCAUCUUCCACGACGAGGAGCAGCGGCAGGCCAAGCCGCGGCAGCCCGAGGCGGACGAGGAGGAGCUGGCCCGGCGUCGAGAAGCGCGGAAGCAGGAGCAGGCCAACAACCCGUUCUACAUCAAGAGCUCUCCAUCCCCCCAGAAGCGGUACCAGGACGCACCAGGCGUGGAGCACAUCCCCGUGGUGCAGAUCGACCUCUCCGUGCCCUUGAAGGUGCCAGGGCUGCCCAUGUCAGACCAGUAUGUGAAGCUGGAGGAGGAGCGGCGGCACCGGCAGAGGCUGGAGAAGGACAAGAGGAAGAAAAAGAAGAAGGAGAAGGGCAGGCCGUGGCGCCACAGCGCGCUGCACACGGAGAGCGACGAGGACAUCGCCCCGGCCCAGCAGGUGGACAUCGUCACCGAGGAGAUGCCCGAGAAUGCCCUGCCCAGUGAUGAGGAUGACAAAGACCCCAAUGACCCUUACCGGGCUCUGGACAUUGACUUGGAUAAGCCCUUAGCCGACAGCGAGAAGCUGCCCGUCCAGAAACACCGCAACGCCGAGACCUCCAAGUCCCCUGAGAAGGAGGACGUCCCCGUCAUCGAAAAGAAGAGCAAGAAGCCCAAGAAGAAGGAGAAGAAGCACAAAGAGAAGGGACGGGAGAAAGGCAGGAAGAAGGAGAAGAAAGAGAAGGAGGAGAAGGGAGAGGAGGGGAAGGGUGAGGACUUAGAUUUCUGGCUGUCCACCAUGCCGCCGCCUGCCACUGCUCCUGCUCCCGCCCUGGCAACGGCAGAGCCCGAGGUGAACGCUGUCAUCUCUGCCCCGAAGGAGGAGCGUGAGGAGCCCAAGAGGGAGGAGCAGGAUGAGGAGGAGGAGGAGGAGGAGCGAGACCCUGAGAAGAAACCUUCCAAGCAUAAGAAGAAGAAACACCGGAAGGAGCAGGAGGAGCGGUCUGCAGACAGGAAGAAAUCCAAGAAGAAGCAGCCGGCGGGCGGCGGGGCGGCAGAGCCCGUGGAGAACGGCUCGCUGGAUGAGGAGCCCCUCCCGCCCAUGUCCAGCUACUGCCUCCUGGCUGAGAAUUCCUACAUCAGGAUGACCUACGAGGUGCAGGGCAGCUUGCAGGAGGACAGCCGGGUCACCGUGUCCAUCGUCCUGGAGAACCAGAGCAGCAGCUUCCUGAAGAACAUGGAGCUCAACGUGCUGGACUCGCUCAACACCAAGCUGGCCCGGCCCGAGGGCUCCUCCGUCCACGACGGCGUCCCCGUGCCUUUCCAGCUGCCCCCAGGCAUCUCCAACGAAGCCCAGUUUGUGUUCACCAUCCAGAGCAUCGCCAUGGCCCAGAAGCUCAAGGGCACCCUGACCUUCAUUGCCAAGAACGACGAGGGCUCCACCCACGAGAAGCUCGACUUCAAGUUGCACUUCAGCUGCACCUCGUACUUGAUCACCACGCCGUGCUACAGCGACGCCUUUGCCAAGCUGCUGGAGUCUGGGGACCUGAGCAUGAGCUCAAUCAAAGUCGACGGCAUUAGUAUGUCCUUCCAGAACCUUCUGGCAAAGAUCUGUUUUCAUCACCAUUUUUCCGUCGUGGAGCGAGUGAACUCGUGCGCCUCAAUGUACAGCCGCUCCAUCCAGGGCCACCACGUCUGCCUCCUGAUGAAGAAGGGCGAGAAGUCCGUGUCGGUCGACGGGAAAUGCAACGACUCAACGCUGCUGAGCAACUUGCUGGAGGAGAUGCGAGCCACGCUGGCCACGUGCUGAGUGCCACCUGCGACCCGCCACGGAGGACACACGAGGGAGAGCCGGUUCCAAGUGAUAGGUUUCUCUCUGUCGCAUGGACUGCACCCAGCUCGGGCGUUAAUUUAAGUCCACUGUCGUCCGUCGUUUAGACGUCAGGGUUUUCUGUUGCGUUGAUUUCUCCUAUCAUCUUUUUUACUUUGGCUCUUCCCACUGUCUCUGGCGAGAAGCCCCGUUCCAGGCCUCAGAGCAGCAGGGGCUCCUGUAGCUGGAGGCCAACUGUGCACAUGGCUGCAGGGGCUGCCCGAGGGGCGAGCGGGACCCCGGCUGGGACCUGGCGGGUCCAGGGUGAGGGACGUUCAGCCGUCGGGGCAGGGUGGCGCAUCCUUCUGUGGAGUCAUCUGAGUCCCAUGAGCCCCAGGCACCCUGCCCGGUGGCGCGUUGUGGGAAGAGUGGGCUGGCUGCUCCCGGCGCUGACGUUCCCUGCUCCUCUGUCGGCCGUGGGUCAGGAUCUUUCUCCCCAGGACACGGUGGGAAAGGGUCGUGCUGCCUGUCGUCCACUGUCUUCUCUGCGUCCCACCACCGUGUUCGUGUGCCGGGUGAAAAAGGGUGGCAGACCAGAGGUGGGGGGCUGCAGCCGAGGCGGGGGAUCCAGCCAGGCCCCCUCCCGGAGAGGGACUGGACAGCCCUGCUCGGCACAGUGUCUCGUCAGCCCCACUGGGGUGGGUGGCAGAGGGCUGCAGCUCUGCCUGCCGCGUCUCGUCACUGAACACCCGCAGGGCUGUCCCUGCAGCUGCCGGGGGGCCAGUCCUGGUCAUCGUCGCCCCAACAGCGAGGCACAUGCAUCCUGGGGCGGCCGGGCCCCUGAAAUGCACCUCCGCCAGGGCGAGGGGACCCCGGCCUACCCCGAGACUGAACCUUCCUCAGAGACGAUGGUCCUCAAUGACGUUUUAACUUUUCCUUUUGAUGAAAACUGUCACUUUAGCAUGUAGAGUAAUCUAUUACAGAAUCCCGUGCAGUGAUUCUAGAAUCUCGACAUUGUAUGAUGUGUUAUACAGACUUUAUUUGCCAUCGACAUUCCCGUAUACAGGAGAGAGACAUAUCACGCUGCUGUAUGAUUUUGUGUCAGGAUGAUUCAAUAAACUCGCAAACACACGUCUCCA